AUGCCCGUACCACACUUGCGGAUACCAAUCUGGACUUCUCACCCGUCACUGGAGCCCAAUGCUGUUACAAUGGCAACCAGGUUAUGGCCACGCGUGGACGACCCCAAUGGUCCCUCCUCCCAAAAACCCACCAAAACCAGCAUUAUUGUCGCCCUCGUCGUUGCCGUAAUUGUCCUAGUAUUGUCCAUCACCCUCACGUUACGCGCCAUUCGCGCCAGACAUCCCAAUCCAAGAUACGUACCCACGCCCUUCUUCAAGCGACUAUGGACCAAUUGGAAGGUUCCGGCCGUCAAACACGCCUACGCCCAGGCCGGCAUCGACGAGGAGUACAACACCCGCAACCGGGCAAACCAGGACAAUAUGGAGGAGGCACUCACUGCGGUGAACGGUCGGACCGCCGCAGCCGGCGGAUCAGGAGCAGCAGGAGGAACGACAGCUGAGGUGAAUCGUAACCAGUCGAUCCGCAGCAUCAUGACACUCCCGGCUUACCGACCAGCCCCGGCCGAGAACGAGCGAGUACUAGGCAGGGAAGGCGAGCGCGACGGUAUCGACGUGGUGGUGGAAAUGCCGACUGCUGAGGAUGAGGAGCAUCUGCGCGACGAGGAGAUGGAAGCGCUGUACCAGAUUCGUGUAGCGAGGCGGCGCGCGAACCAAGAGCGGGAGGAGCGGCGACGACUUAGGCAAGAAGCCCGACAAACCCAUAACUCUGCGGCGUUGCGCCAGAUUAGAGAGCAGGCGCGGGUCCAGACGACGCGGAAUACCGAGGAGCUGGAGGUGCUCCGUGAGGAACACAAUCGCAUCAGGGAGUUGCGAUCGCGCGCAACCAGCAGUGUACAGUAUGCAGACUUGGGUGUCGCCAGGGCGGACGGCACACGCAUCCGGGCUAACAGCACGGAAAGCGAGAGAGUUGGGUUGCUGAGCGACGCGGCGAGCAUGGCGGCGUCGCAGCAGGGUGGAAGGCCUAGUACUUCAGCUGCCACCCAUCACCGGAGGGGCUCGAGCUCGCUUAGUGUCGACACAUCCAGAUUAGGUGAUCAGUUCCUCGAUUCGCCGGCUAUCGCGACACCCUUGACUGGAGCGGGUGGUAGCAGCACGUUCAGUAUUGUUACUCGCGACAGCCAGGAGCGCGGACGAUCGAUAUCCAGGUCCAGGGCAAACUCGAGUGCCAACACCCCGCGUGCUGGAUCUAGCCCCGAGAUGAUCGAUGCCGAUGAUGCUGACCUGGGCGCUGUCAACAUGCCGCCUCCACCAGGGUACGAAGACGUGCGCUUGGACGACUUGACUCCCUUCCGAUCCCCGGUCGCUUCUGCCGCUGUAUCUGGUAGGAACAGUCCCACAAGUUUGACGCCACUUCCGUACAGCGAACCACCUCCAGAAUACCCCGGCCCGUCACCAGCGCUUGCUCCGUUAGCCGAAGAGACUUCUUCGAUGUUGUCGUCGCCCUCUACGCGCACAGAUGGAGGCAGGACGCUUGCUCACCAGAGGAGCAUCUCGGGCGGGGGAAGUGUUGGGGCCGGAAACCUACCGACUAGAUUGCCAAGUCUGCGCCUUGACUCAGUGCCGCUCAUCGUUGUCGAACCGGAAGAGGAGAGCAGGACAGGAGAGAGCGGCAACAAGGCCGGGGAGACAUCUGCUCCCCCGAACAUCAACAUAACACCAGGAACACCCCACGCAGAAAGUAGCACAGCUCGGAACUCAGUAUCAGAAAGUUUCCGCACAUCAACAGAGAGUGACUCAGGCGAGGAAACACCGAUAACAACAAAGGGGAAAGAGCCAGAGAGAAUCCCAAUAGUUGAACAAGUGGAGAAAGAAAAAGGAAGUGGAAGCGGCAGUGCCACUGUGGAUAUCAGUCGCGCGGAGAGCACCAGGAGUACGACAGCGGCGAGAGAUAAGGAAAGUCAAAGUCCUCCUGUAGGGGAAGGGAUAACCAGAAAUGGAAGUUCGGCUAGGACGGCGACGAGAGGUGCAGAGCCAUGA